CUUUGCUUGGAAUAGCCAGUAGGCUUUAUUUCUGAUCUAGAGAACAAGAACACCAACUCUUUACAAUUCACAAACUCUCAUAAAUUUGUUUGAGUGGGGUUUAUACAUGUAUCAACAGAUAGAAAUUUUCUAAUUUUUAGUUUUUUUUUAGGGGGGAAGGUAAUUAGGUUUGUUUAUUUAACAGAGAUAUUGAGGAUUGAACCCAGGACCUUGUGCAUGCAAAGCUCACACUCUUACCACUGAGCUGUGCCCUUGCCCAACAGAGCCUUUGCUUGAGAAACUUUUGUAUGAAAGGAACCACAGGCAGCUGAGUUGGGAGAUAAGGAAUCUUGGCACUGGGGUGUCGGAAAAGCAAAGGAAAUGACUUGCCUGCCGAUUGGAAGAAGUGAGUUGUAGAAAGAAGUAGUUAUUUAUGUCUGACUCUUUAAAGAACUAAAUGUUAUUUUGAAUUAAACUAAAAUUUGAAAAGAGGAAACAGGUCUUGGAAGAGGUUACCAAAUAUUAACAGUAGAGUGACUAUAACUAGGGAACAGAUGGUUUUUGUGAAAGUUAGUAUCUUUAACUUAAUAAACCAGCAGGAAUCUACAAGGACAACACACCCAGUUGGCAAACAGCAAGACCUCACAUGUUUGUUUAGCUGUGUGUAUAUAUAUGCGCUUACCUGUAGAGGCAGAAAACCGGGACCGUGGUGACAGAUGGGAUUUCACUGCAAAAAAUUACGCUAAAACAGAAGUCAUUCUGCACAAGGUUCACAUGGUUGAUUUUUGGAAGUAGUGUUGAGUGGGUGCAGAGAAAAUGGGGCAAAAACCAUCGCAACAGAUGACUCUAAAGGACAGUGAAGAGGUUCUCAGCAUCUGUGAGCUGGUCAGUGGAGCUAUAGUCCAUGCAGCUCAAAAACUGAAGGAGUAUCUUGGAUUUGAAGACACCCUGGGCAAUCUCUGCCCAGCUCCAAACACUCUCAAUGAGAUCUUCUUAAUCCACUUUGUCACCUUCUGCCAAGAAAAAGGAGUUGAUGAGUGGCUCACCACCACCAAGAUGACCAAGCACCAAGCCUCACUGUUUGGGGCAGACUGGAUUUGGACCUUCUGGGGACCCGAUAAGCAAAUAAGGCUUCAGCUGGCAGUACAGACUGUGCAGAUGUCUUCCCUUCCCCGGGUGGAAUCUAACCCAGAAUCCAGGGCAGAGGCGUCUUCCAGCAAGAGGAGUAGGUUUGAGAAGCUGGAAGAAUUCUGUAACUUGAUAGGAGAGGACUGUCUGGGCCUGUUUAUCAUCUUUGGUGUGCCAGGAAAGCCUAAAGACAUCAGGGGAGUUGUCCUGGACAGUGUCAAAGGUGAGACAGUGAGUCUGCGAGGAGGGACGGCUGUGGCACAAUUCGUCCUGGAAACUGAAGAUUGUGUCUCCAUCAGGGAGCUGCUUGGAAACUGUCUGAGUAAGAAAGACGGGCUGAGAGAGGUGGGCAGGGUUUAUAUUAGCAUCCUCUGAACUGGAGAUGUGUGAUAAGACUGACCCGGCCUGUAAGAUGAAAACAAAAAAAUAUUUACCCCCUUGCAUCAUUUCUUUAGGGUUUUUUUUUCCUUCCCCUGCUCCCUAACUCCAUUGAAUGAAAACCAUCACCUGGGUCAAAACAGAUGAUUAUGGACAGGAGGAAAAAAAAAAAAAACCUGCCUGUAUCUCAGGGAAAAUUUAAUAAUUUAGCUUAAUUUUUGAUUCAACAAUAAAAGUGGAGAGGAUAAUAAAGUCACCUUUAAAGUUUGAUUUGGAAAAAGAACCUGAAAUAAGUCUAGCAUUUGAAAAUGUAAAGUGUGUUUUUACUGCUGUGUGUGGUUGGGGGCAGGUAGGGGAAAGUGGAGCGUAAGACGGGUUUAAUGACAUUGACAAAACUGCUUUAGCUCAGGACUCCCAGGCAAAACCUGGUACGGCUCUCUUCCUCCGAUCCCUGCCCUGACCCCCACCUCAUCCCAAGCUGCUUCCUCUGCAGAGGGGACCUUGGUGGGAUCCCUUCGGUACUCACUUGAGUGUUAGCCUUACCUAUGAUUUAAACACAGAAACCCAUAUAACUGUCCUUCGUAAUAAUGAUGAACAUUUCUUUAGCAUUCAUGUAUAAAAACCAUCUUUACUUUAAAAGCCUGGGUGGCUGUAACAGAACUGUAGGGGAAGAAAAAUACUUUUUCCUCUAGGCUUCUAGCAGGUAGAAGCAAAAAGUUGCUUUAAAGUGUAAAUGGAAGAUGGAUUCAUUCACACGUGAUUGUUAAAUGCCUAUGACUUGUGCGGCUCUGUCUAUGCCCAGCCGGUCCAGCAGUGAAAAGAACAACGUCCCCACCCUCAGGGAGAUUCUCUCUCAAAGGUGGAAGAUAGACAAUAAACAAAUACAUGCAAAUAUGUUUUAAAUGCAUAUUUACAUAAAUGUCAGGGGUGCUGUAAAGAAAGAUUAAGCAAUGGGUGAGGGGGUAGAGAGUGAAGGAGAUACAAUUUUAUAUGGUGGUGAAGGGAGGGCCUCAGAGAUCUGAAUAGAGAAAGAGAACAUCCUUGCAGGUAUCUGGGAAAGAGUGUUCUAGGCAAAGGGGACUGCAGAUGCAGUGGGAAUGCAAAGGGGGCUGUGUGGAUGGAGCAGAGUGAGCCAGGAGGAGACGGACAGGCGAUAGUUCAGAGAAGUAGCCAGCAAGCAGGAGCAGCAGAUCCUACCGGUGAGGACUUCAGUCUGAAUGAUAGGGGAGAGAAGUGCCUUGAUCUGACAUAGAAUUUAAAAAGUUAAGGAAAGGAAUUUUUUUUAAUUUAACUAUAGUCAGUUUACAAUAUUGUGUUAAUUUCUGGUGUACAGCACAGUGAUUCGGUUAAAUACAUUCCUUCCCAUAUUCUUUUUCCUUACAGGCUAUUAUAAGAUACUGAAUAUAGCUCCUUAUGCUAUAGUAGGACCUUGCUGUUUAUCUGUUUUAUAUAUAGUAGUAUCUCCAAAUCCCAAUCUCCCAAUUUCUUUCUCCACCCUUCCCUUUCCCAGCUGGUAACCAUAAUUUUUUUUUCAUGCCUGCAAGUCUCUUUCUGUUUUGUAAGUUCUUUUGUGUCAUUUUUUUUUAGAUUCCACAUAUAAGUGAUAUCAUAUGGUAUUUUUCUUUCUCUGUCUGACUUCACUUAGUAUGACAAUCUCCAGGUCCAUCCAUGUUGCUGCAAAUGGCAUUAUUUUAUUCUUUUUUAUGGCUGAGUAGUAUUCCAUUAUAUCUAUCUAUCUAUCUAUCUAUCUAUCUAUCUAUCUAUCUAUCUAUCUAUCUAUCUAUCUAUAUCACAUCUUUAUCCAUUCAUCUGUUGUUGGGCAUUUAGGUUGCUUCCAUGUCUUGGCUACUGUAAAUAAUGCUGCUGUGAAAUUGGGAUGCAUGGAUUUUUUUCAAAUUAGAGUUAAGGAAAGCAUGUUAACUCUCUCCGUUCAGUAAGCAGACAAAAAUACGCCCAAGAGGCAUCUCUCGAAGUUGGUAAGCAAUAAUUAUUACUACUUGGAAUGUGCCUGGAGGUUACAGUUCUCAGUCAAAUUAUGUUUCCUUGCGAACAGUGCCCCCUGUCUGCAGCAGUGCUGUGUAGAGUGGGCUAUCAAGGGGGUGGGGUAACAGAGUCAAAAGAGUCUUCCACUUGGUGUCAGAUGUGAGUUUGAGUCUCAAUUCUCUUAGGAGCAGAGUCUAGUGGUUUAACUCUGUUUUCUUACUUGUAAAAUGGGAAUGACUUCAACUAAUUCAAAGGAGAUAAUGCAUGUUACAUUUUUCUAUACUGAUAGUAUAAGCUUCCCAAAAUUUUGAAGAGUCUGGUACAAACUGUAAGUAUUUACAAACAGCUGGAAGCUAUAAAUCAAACACUCACCAUGUUCUU